UAUUGAUAGGCUUGAACGUGUACAACCUAAAGAUUGCAAUUCUCAUAUUUUGAUGGUAGUAUGAAGCCUUUUCUUUUUUUGCUUGUUUUCUUUUCUUUUUUUAUGUUUUUAUGUUCUUUUUAGGAAGACAAUGAUAAUUAUUUAAGAUAUAUCGCUUGGAACUAUGUUGCGUGUUCAAGUGAACAAACUCAAGCAAAAUGUCUUCAGACAAUUUGCAUUUGAUCGUAGCAGCAACUCAUCAUUGUUGUAUUUACAAGCUGCUAGAGCUUCUACAUCUGUAAAGCAAAAAAAACAAACGAAAAGCAAGAUAAAGAAAUUGCUGAUUGCUAACAGAGGUGAGAUUGCUGUCAGAAUUGCCCGUGCUGGAACUGAAGCAGGCAUUCGAACUGUUGCUAUUUAUAGCGAACAAGAUGCAAAACAAAUACACAGACAGAAAGCAGAUGAAGCUUAUUUAAUUGGAAAAGGAAUGCCACCAGUUGCUGCCUAUUUAAAUAUACCUGAGAUAAUUCGUCUUUCCAAAGAGCAUGAUGUAGAUGCUAUUCACCCAGGUUACGGCUUCUUAUCUGAACGCUCGGAUUUUGCUAGAGCUUGUGUCAAAAAUGGAAUAAAAUUCAUUGGACCCAGCCCAGAAAUAAUUCAUCUUAUGGGGGAUAAAAUAGAAGCUCGAAAGACUGCUAUUGCAAAUAAUGUACCUGUGAUACCUGGAACUGAAACACCUGUUAAGUCUCUUAAAGAGGUGAAAGAAUUUUGUGAACAGUUUGGUUAUCCGAUUAUGUUGAAAGCUGCUUAUGGUGGUGGUGGAAGAGGAAUGCGUGUUGUAAAAGAAGAGAGUGAAGUACAGAAAAUGUACGAAUUAGCAACUUCAGAGGCUACUGCUGCUUUUGGAGAUGGAUCAAUGUUUAUCGAAAGGUUUAUAGAAAAACCAAGACAUAUUGAAGUUCAAGUACUAGGUGACCACUAUGGUAAUGUGGUGCACUUUUUUGAAAGGGACUGCUCUGUACAAAGAAGACAUCAGAAAGUAAUUGAGAUCGCACCGGCACCUUUAUUAGAUCCUGAAAUUAGAAAAAAAUUAACAGAUUGUGCAAUACGUUUAUGCACAGCAGUUGGCUAUCAAAAUGCUGGGACUGUUGAAUUCUUACUUGAAGAUAGUGGCGAAUUCUAUUUUAUUGAAGUUAAUGCACGCUUACAAGUUGAACAUACUGUCUCAGAAGAGAUCACAGGUGUUGAUCUUGUCCGUGCGCAAAUUGGUGUUGCUGAAGGAAACUCCUUGGAAGAAUUGAAUCUGACACAAGAUAAAAUUAAAGCUCAAGGGUUUGCUAUUCAAGCGAGAAUUACAACUGAAGAUCCUACAAAUGACUUUGUGCCUGAUACUGGCAGAAUUGAGGUGUUCAGAAGUGGAGAGGGUAUGGGCAUACGCCUUGACAGUGCAUCAACAUUUUCUGGAGCUGUCAUAUCUCCACAUUAUGAUUCUUUGCUGAUAAAAGUCAUUGCUCAUGGAAAUGAUAAUAAAGAUGCCGCGAAUAAAUUAGUUAGAGCACUUAAAGAGUUUCGUAUACGAGGGGUUAAGACAAAUAUACCAUUUGUAUUGAACGUUUUGCAACAUAAAGAAUAUCUCGAUGGCUUCGUUCACACGGACUUCAUAUUUAGAAACCCAGAGCUAUUGAAUAUUCGCCCUACUCAAAACAGAGCGCAGAAAUUACUUCAUUAUUUAAGUGAAGUAAUUGUAAAUGGACCAUGCACUCCUUUAGCAACCAAUGCAAAGCCAGCAAAGAUUGUUCCUCAAGUGCCAGAGGUUAAAAAAAUUCCAGGACCAAUAAGUCGUCCAACUGGUUUUCGUGAUAUUUUAUUGACAUCUGGACCUGAAGGGCUUGCAAAAGCAGCAAGACGAGAAGGAAAUCUACUUUUAACUGAUACAACAUUCCGUGAUGCACAUCAAUCCCUUUUAGCUACUCGUGUCCGAACAUAUGAUUUACUUCGCAUCUCACCAUUUGUUUCCAAUAAUUUUGCAAACCUGUUCAGUUUAGAAUGCUGGGGAGGCGCAACAUUUGAUGUAGCCCUGAGGUUUUUGAAGGAAUGUCCCUGGGAUCGAUUAGAAAAAAUGCGAGAGCUUAUACCAAAUAUUCCUUUCCAAAUGUUACUGCGAGGUGCUAAUGGUGUGGGCUAUAAAAACUAUCCAGAUAAUGCUGUCUUCGAAUUUUGUAAGCUGGCUCAGAAAUCUGGAAUGGAUAUCUUUCGUGUUUUUGAUGCUUUGAACUACCUACCUAAUCUCCAGCUUGGUAUUGAUGCUGUGGGGGAGGCAGGUGGUGUUGUCGAAGCUGCAAUCUGCUACACUGGUGACGUAGCUGACCCAACCAAAACAAAAUACAGCAUAGAUUAUUAUAUGAAUUUAGUCGCAGAACUUGUAAAAUGUGGAACACAUAUUUUAUGCAUCAAGGACAUGGCGGGUCUUCUAAAACCUCAAGCAGCUAACAUUUUAAUUGGUUCAUUACGGGCACAGUAUCCUAAACUACCUAUUCAUGUUCACACUCACGAUACUGCAAUGGCAGGAGUUGCAUCGAUGUUAGCGUGUGCAGAGGCCGGUGCGGAUGUAGUCGAUUGCGCUGUUGAUUCUAUGUCUGGGAUGACGUCACAGCCUAGUAUGGGAGCGCUAGUUGCGAGUCUUCAAGGAACAGAAUAUGACACCGGUAUUUCACUUGACAGCGUAUCACAAUACAGUUCAUACUGGGAGCAAACUAGAUGUUUGUACGCUCCGUUUGAAUGCACAACAACAAUGAAAAGCGGAAAUGCUGAUGUGUACGAAAAUGAGAUACCUGGUGGCCAAUACACCAACUUGCAGUUUCAAGCAUUUAGUUUAGGGUUGAGCGAUCAAUUUCCCGAGGUCAAAAGAAAGUAUACCAUAGCAAACCAGCUUCUUGGUGAUUUGGUGAAGGUGACACCUACAUCUAAAGUAGUCGGCGAUUUAGCUCAAUUCAUGGUUCAAAACAAACUGGAGGCUUCCGAUGUUGAGAACAGAGCUGACGAGUUGGAUUUCCCUUCUUCAGUUGUAGAAUUCAUGCAAGGUCAACUUGGACAGCCAUAUGGAGGCUUUCCUGAACCGCUCAGGACGAAGAUGUUGAAAGGAAAAGAGAAGUAUGACGGACGUGUUGGCGAAUCUCUUCCUCCUGUUGAUUUCGAAGCGAUGCGUGAUGAGUUAGUCAAACGUUACGGGGAAGUCAUCACAGAUAGAGAUGUAAUGAGUUAUUGCAUGUAUCCUGACGUAUUUCACGAGUUUGCUCAAUUCCGGGAGGAAUUUGGUCCGGUUGAUGGCCUUCCAACGCGACUGUUCUUCGCUGGCUCCGAUUUAGGAGAAGAAUUUGAAGUGGAACUCGAAACUGGAAAGACAUUGCACCUCAAGAUUAUUGCACUUGGCGAUGUCGAUAAAGACGGUAAACGAGAAGUGUUUUGUGAAGUGAAUGGUCAACUGCGUACAUUUUUGGUGGAUGAUAAGAAAGAAGUUGGGAAUGUGGAACGUAAUCCUAAAGCAGUGAAAGGUGUCAAAGGAUCAAUUGGUGCUCCUAUGCCAGGAAAAGUAAUCGGAGUACGUGUGGAGGAGGGUCAGACUGUUAAGAAAGGCGAUCCGGUUGCUGUUUUAAGUGCCAUGAAGAUGGAGACGAAUGUGACGUCACCUAUUGAUGGUGUUGUUUCGUCAAUAUCUGUCACGACCGGUAUGACGUUGGCUGCUGGUGACUUAAUCGUGACAGUGGAACCAUGAACGAUACAAAAAUGACAGAAUUAUUUUUUCAUUAUUUUUUGUUAGUGUUGUGUGACAUUAUAUCUCGUGUAGUUUUUGUAUGUUUUGUGUAGGUUCGGUUCAUUAUUACUCAUCUUAGAAAUUAUAAUAACAUUCAAAAAAAAUGUAUAUGAUUGUUUAGGUGGAACAGGUUUUAAAACCCC